UUCUCUUUCCACGUCAUCACCCUUUUGCUACCCUACGCCAAAGUGUCCCUCAUCCAUUACCCAAUUCCCAGCGCACGUUAGCACCCCGACCAACAUCAUUUGCGAUUUUUCUGCAAUCACAACCUUGACGACUCGUGUUUCAGCCACCCCUUUUCUUCUCCUUCCGACUAGGAAGUCCAAACCGAUUUUUUCCCCUAAAUUUUCUCACAUGCUGCUAAACGUGCGCAGUUUUCCCUCACUACCAGUUCAGCAGCUGGAUUUUGAUAACCCCUUUUUGUUUUGAUUGAUUUUAGAUAAAGGGGUGUGUGAAAAAUUGGAUUUUGAAGUGGAUCCAUCUUAAUUGGGUUAUAGGGUGGUGCAAAACUUGAUUUUGAAUGGAGGUUAGGUUGUUGUUACAGCGUUGUUGAGUUGUGUGUUUUUCCAAUAGCAUAGGCCAAAGGGGUUGCUAGAUAGAGAUGGAGAGUGAAGCUGAGGAAAUUCUUAAUUUGAAUAGCAGAGAGAACAAUUGUGGGGGAGCUAAUAGUAAGAGUGGUGAUGCUUUUAUUGACAGAAGCAAAGUCAGGAUUUUGUUGUGUGAUGAUGAUCCCAAGAGCUCAGAGGAGGUUUUUACCCUUCUUGUCAAAUGUUCUUAUCAGGUUACUCCAGUAAGAUCAGCAAGGCAAGUAAUUGAUGCUCUCAAUGCGGAAGGGCAAUAUAUAGAUAUCAUACUAGCUGAAGUUGACCUUCCAAUAAAGAAGGGCAUGAAGUUGUUGAAGUACUUAUCACGGGAUAAAGAAUUGCGCCGAAUUCCUGUUAUAAUGAUGUCUGCAAAAGACGAGGUACCAAUCGUUGUAAAGUGCUUGAGACUUGGAGCAGCAGACUAUCUAGUAAAGCCGUUACGCACUAAUGAACUAUUAAAUUUGUGGACACACAUGUGGAGAAGGAGGCGCAUGCUUGGACUUGCAGAGAAAAACAUCUUGAGUUAUGACUUUGAUAUGGUAGCAUCAGACCCAAGUGAUGCCAAUACAAACAGUACCACCUUGUUCUCUGAUGACACGGAUGACAGGUCCAAAAGAAGCACCAAUCCUGAGGCAGCCCAACAAGAACCAGAGGUUAGUAUUUCUAAAGCUGCUGCUGUCAUUGAGGAGCUUCCGGGUGCUCAGAUAUCAGAAUGUCGGCCUAAUGUACCCGGAAUAAGUGAUCGCAGAACAGGAAAUUUUUCAUCUGGUCCUAAGAAGAGUGAACUAAGGAUUGGAGAGUCAUCAGCCUUUUUCACUUAUGUCAAAGCAACAACACUGAAGAGCAACGUUCAAGAGAUUGCUCAUGUUGACAACCAUGCUACUACUCAAGUGAGGGUGGAAGAUAUGAAUCAAGCAUGUGCUCGACAGAGGGUUAAUGACCUCAAAACACAUGAAAAUCAAGAAAUGUUUGAAAGCCGUUCUCAAGAGGACUUACCCAGCAGUAAUAGUUUCCCUGAUUCUUUCUCUAUUGAGAGAUCUUGUACUCCACCUGCAUCAGUGGAAGUUUCACAGCAAAAGAAUUUCAGGGAAGAAUAUUAUCCUCAGGGAUCGUUGUAUCCAAGCAAUGGAAGUCGUGGUUCUAAGCUUGAACCGUCCGGCAUGCCUGCUCAACAUGCUUAUCCAUAUUAUUAUAAUUCAGGAGUUGUUAAUCAUGUUAUGUUGCCAUCAUCUGCGCAACUAUAUCAAAAAAAUAUGCAAGACAUCCAUAGCCAUGCUAAUUCAUCUAUGAUUGCGCAGUACAAUCACCUUGCCCAGUGUUCUCCUCAUGCGAAUGGGAUGACAUCCUUCCCAUAUUAUCCAAUGAACAUUUGCUUACAACCUGGUCAGGUAUCUACACCUCAUUCAUGGCCAUCAUUAGGAAGUUCAGGUUCAUGCGAAGUAAACUUGAGUAAGGCUGAUAGGAGAGAAGCAGCAUUGAUGAAGUUUAAACAGAAGAGGAAAGACCGCUGCUUUGAUAAGAAAAUUCGGUAUGUCAACAGGAAGCGGCUUGCUGAAAGGCGGCCUCGUGUGAGGGGACAGUUUGUCCGAAAGUUGAGCGGUGUUGAUGUGUAUCUUAAUGGACAACCUGCUUCCGCUGACUAUGAUGAGGAGGAGGAAGAGGAGGAAGAUAACCACGUAGCAAGAGAUUCCUCUCUUGAGGAUGCUUGAGAAUGUCAAAUUGCUUCUUCGACCAAAGGGUGCAGAGGCUGUCAAUUCCUUCCUGCACUAAAGUUGUCCUGUUGAGGACUUGGCACUGUGCCUUGCUUUGAUGGAUAAUCGUUGCAUGAUCACCACAGUGCCCUUUAUACUUAGGAAGUGUUGAUCCAAUUCGAGUGUAAGCCGUCAUCCUUUGGAGUUCAAACAAACUCUUGCUUGGUCUUUUUUGAAUUUUACUUCCUCAAAUGAUCCAUCUUAUUGAGCUCUUACAGAAGGUAUCCUUCCUGCUGGUUAUAUCUAAUGCGGUUGAAAGUAUCACACUUUUGUCUAAUUGAAACUGUUUGAAGCAGGUUGUGGAUGCUUAUAGUUGUGGAGAAAAUGUUAAGCACCUUUAUUUUGUCCAAAGAAAUGAGUUAUAUUGUCUGA